AUGUUUGGUUACGGUGUUUCGAGAGGUCAGAAGUGCAGACCCGCUAGGCCGCUGAAGCUUCUCCUUCUCGGCGAUUAUGCGGUGGGUAAGAGCAGUCUCAUUCUUCGGCUUUGUCAGCGCCAAUUUUGGAUUCCAUCAUCUCACCCUGCAAAUGACUUUAUUAUUCGCAUGAUGGACAUUGAUGGCAAUCAAGUGAGAGUAGGCAUUUGGGAUACAUUAGGCCUUGAGCUGCACCGAACCAUCCCUGAAGCUUACUACCGGAACGCACAUGGCAUCAUGCUAUUAUAUGACAUCACCAGCCGGUCAUCUUUCAAUAAUGUGAGAGGGUGGAUGAGGAGCGUUGAGGAGCAUUCACCUCAAGGGGUGCGUGUGCUUCUCGUGGGCACCAAGGCCGAUAUGGACGACCAACGGUCUAUCAGCAAGGAAGAAGGGCAGCAACUAGCCAAUGAAUUGGAUGCACACUUCUUUGAGACUUCAGCCAAAAUAGGCAUAAAUGUGGAUGCUGUGUUUGAAUACAUUGCAAGGGAAGGCAAACAGCAAUAUGAUAAAACAAACUCUCUGCAUAUGGAGGCAUCAAGCUGUGUUGAUCUUGAACAAAAGACAGCAAAUGUACCGGUAGUUUCCAUAUCCUCAUAUUGUGCGUAA